AGCUGUCAGGUGACAGAAACUGCGUGGAAGGGUAUUCAGGUGGUGUUGAGUUUUGGUUGGGGAUUUGACGUUUCACUCCCCUUCGGAAUUACAAUUCGUAGAGAGCUCUAUUGUAAUUAGAUCGUCUGUUCCAAAAGGAUUCGAAAACUCGGAAUCCAAACUGCUCCCCAAAAUAACUCUUUCCUCACUAUGUGGAAAUACGUGCUGCUUCCGUUGACCAUUGUUUUGAUAAGUUUCUCACAAUCAGAGGCACAGUCUUACGACGACAAGAGAUGUAAAUGCAUAUGUCCAAGCGUUUCAUCCGUCAUAAACACAACUCAAUCAUCUCCUGAUAGAUUGAAUUUUAUUUCAAACGUUCCACCUUCGAAAUGUAAUUGCGACGGUGUAAUAUUGCCACGUCUUGGAGAUCAAAUUAAAGGGCAGGAACAGAUCUUUUGCCCAAGAUGUGAUUGUAAAUACGAAAAUAGAAAUACCACUAUAAUCAAGAUUGUUGUAAUAAUUGUUAUCUGGGUUAUCUCGUUGCUUGUGAUCUACAUGCUGUUCCUAAUAUGUUUGGAUCCACUUCUAAACAAAAGGAUACACAAGGGCACAGCCAGUGGCAGUUAUCAAGAACAUACAAAUGAAGAGGAUGACAGCUCAGUCAAUCCCGGAACAUCACACGCUAUGGGAGUGAGGGGCAAUGUUUUAAAUCGUGUUGGCCAUCAGCAAGACAAAUGGAAGCGUCAAGUUCGAGAGCAGAGGCGUAAUAUCUACGAUCGCCAUACGAUGCUUAACUGAAUCAACAAUUGUUUCUUGGAAUAACAAAUUAAAUAUUCUUUGACACAAAGUUAUUUGGCAAAAAUUAAGCUCGGUGUUAUCGCAUCAUCUGCAUCUCAACAGGUACGACCAUUCGAAAUUUUAUUAUUUGAUGUAUUAUAUCGUUUUAUCACAUAGAAUAAGGCAUUAAGUUGAAAAUAAAGUUGAAUAACCAUUA